AAGGUUUAUUAUUUUCAAAAGGUUCAUAUAGCAUGCUUUAACACAUGCCGAACCUUCUUCUAUAUAAUGGACAUGGAAUCAGAAGGGAAGAUGCAGAAUCUUGGCAGGUGCUUUUCGAAUAUUCACCCCCUGCUUUAGCUACGUUCCCUCCAACAAUGGAAGAUGAAGAGGCACAGCGACUCGUGUGCAUGAACAUCGACCUGGCGCAGAUCGAGUCACCACCCAGGAAGCUAGAGCUAACCGUGGACGAAGUCCUGGAGGAGUACGUCGGGUCGUUCGGGUUCUCGCAGCUGCUGCACGUGUUCUUGGUGUCGUUCGCAUGGAUAUUCGAUUCCCAGAACGCGCUGAUCACCAUCUUCACCGACGCGCAGCCGUCGGCCUGGAGGUGCAAAUCGCCGGGUUCCUGCAUCGGUGCUGCUGGAGGAGGAGGCGGAGACGGAGGCGGCGCCGCUUCCGUUUGUGGAUUGGAGCGAGGGACCUGGGAGUGGGUCGGCGGCAACACCAGCUCGGUAAUCGCCGAAUGGGGUCUCAUUUGCGACCGCAAGUUCCUUGCUGCCGUACCCGCCUCUCUCUUCUUCCUCGGCUCUUUAUUAGGAUCUGCUGUUUUUGGUCACUUGGCGGACGCGCGCCUAGGCCGGAAGAGAACCGUGCUGAUCGCCUGCGUCUUGACCACUCUGACCGGUUUCCUCACCUCCCUUUCGCCGGACGUAUGGACGUAUGCCUUCCUCCGCUUUGCCAACGGUUUCGCUCGAUCGGGGAUCGGCAUUUGCUGUCUCGUCCUUUCCACAGAAGCUGUCGGCCGCAAAUGGCGCGGGCAAGUGGGGCAAUACGGCUUCUUCUUCUUCACCGCGGGGUUCUUCUCUCUCCCCUUGAUCGCUUAUCAGACGAGGAACUGUUGGAGGGACCUGUACAGGAUAAUAUCCAUCUUUCCCCUGCUCUACUGCUUUCUCCUGGUCCCUUUCGUUUCCGAGUCGCCGCGUUGGCUUCUUGUCAAGGGGCGCGAGGGAGAGGCGCUCGACGUGUUGAAGAAGUUCGCACGACUCAACGGUAAGAAGCUGCCAUCCAAUCUAGUCCUCUCCAAUCCGUCUCCGCCGAAAAUGGUUGGCAAAGCCGAGGCCGGAGCAGGAUCAAUGGCAGCUGAAGCAGAGGAGAGCCUGUGGAAGACCAGAUGGGCGGCUCAAAGAAUGAUCCUGAUCAUGUUAGCCGGUUUCGGGAUCGGGUUCGUGUACUACGGCAUUCAAUUGAACGUCGAAAACCUCGACUUCAAUCUCUACUUCACCGUGGCCCUCAACGCGAUGAUGGAAAUUCCCGCUGUCCUCCUCGGGAGCGUACUCUUGAGCUUCAUGAACCGCCGCCUGCUCUUCUCGCAGUCCGCCUUCUUAGCCGGAAUCUCGUGCAUCCUCUGCGUCAUCUUCGCUCGAGAGAACCGCGGCGGCAAGGACGCGCAGAAAUCGGGCGGGAGCGGGAGGGGGAGCUGGGCGCAACUCAUCAUCGAAGGGGUGGGGUUCAUGGCCGCUUCCAUGGCGUUCGACGUGUCGUACAUCUACUGCGUGGAGCUGUUCCCUACCAACGUGAGGAACUUCGCCGUGUCCUUGCUGCGCCAGGCCGUCAUGUUGGGGGCUUCGCUCGCGCCUCUGCUGGUCGCGGUCGGCCGCCUGAGCCCGUCGUUGUCGUUCCUCGUGUUCGGCUCGCUGUCCAUCUUCAGUGGAGUCUUGAGCCUCUGGCUUCCUGAGACCAGGAAUGCUCCCCUCUACGAGACCCUGAAACAACAAGAAGAGGAAGAAAGCCUGAGCUGCGCAUCCGAUGAUUCGGGUUUCGAGCUUGCGAAGGAGGGCAAAGUUGAUUGCCCGCCGAUAUGAUUGCGCGAUGGUGUACAGCAGAAACUCUAAAGACUGCGUACACCAGAUGGCCAGAAUCAGAUGCUUACAAAGUGUAAAAUAUUUGAUCGCCGUUUCAUGUUGCAACUUCGUUUAGGCUUGAAGAUCCAAGCGAUUGCGUCAUGGUGAAGAUGUUGGGAUUAAUCGAGGCGUGAAUAGCCGUUGGAAAAUGUACAUUGAUAUUAUAUUGGAUUGCGAUUGUUAUGAUUAUGGAGUUGAUUGUCGACUA